AUGGGCCUCCCAUCGGCUCUGCUGCUCUUCCUACUCCUGGCAUUCAGAGCAGGGCUCCUAGCCCUCCAGCCAGCUUCUAGACCUCCGCGACCCUCUGCCUCCUCCUCAGACUCAGGGGGCUCUUCUCAGGGCUUUGUUUCAAAAGACUCCAGCCAGCCCCCGAGCCAGAAUUUUCCAGAUCAGCCUCCAGGGUCAGAAGCCUCUGCUGCAAUCCCUGAUUCCAACUGGUUUCCUCGGGGGCUGAAUUCAAGCCAUGUACCUGGGUCAUUCUGGACCAAUGUGUCUUCUGGGGGACAAUAUCUGAGCCCCGAUGGCACCUUCUCUAAAAUUCCUGCUUCCCAAGUGGCUUUCGAUGGUUUCAAUUCUCAAGAUCCUGCUAAAGACCCCGGGCCUUCCUUCUCUGUUCAAGUCCCAGGCACCAAAGUACCCAGCAAGGCCCCAGGUUCAAAGCCACCCCUGAAGCAUCACAAUCUUGAACUUUCUGCCCAGAACCUUGAAUCCAAAGUUUCUUUGGAGACUCACCAGGCUGCAAGUUUCCCCCAGCAAGUCGGGGGACCCCUUGCUGUGCUAGUGGGAACCACCAUCAAGCUCCCUCUGACUCCAGUCCCCAGCCCCAGGCCUCCUGCCCCUCUGGUGGUCUGGCGCCGGGGCUCCAAGGUACUGGCAGCUGGGGGCCUGGGGUCACAAGCUCCACUGAUCAGUCUGGACCCCAUGCAUCAAGCCCGCUUGAGAUUUGACCAGAUUCGAGGGGGUCUGGAACUCACUUCUGCACGGCUGGAUGAUGCAGGCGUGUACACAGUUGAGGUCAUCAGAGGAGGAGUCUCCCAACAGAUUCGGGAGUUCACGGUGGGUGUAUAUGAGCCCUUACCCCAGUUGUCGGUACAGCCCAGGGCUCCAGAGACAGAGGAGGGGGCAGCCGAGCUGAGUCUGCGCUGCGUAGGGUGGAAUCCAGGUAGUGGGGAGCUAAGUUGGAGCAGAGACGGUCGUGCCCUGGAGAGCCCAGACCCUGAAGGCGCAGAGCCACCUCGCAUCCGCGCAAAACGGGACCAGCUGCUCAUCUCACGUCCGGUACGCAGCGACCACGCCCGGUACACCUGCCGUGUCCGCAGCCCCUUUGGCCACACCGAGGCUGCAGCUGACGUCAGUGUCUUCUACGGCCCGGAUGCUCCAGUCAUCAAGGUCUUCUCCGACCGCGAUGCGGUUCCUGAGCUCUACGUUACCGCGGGCAGCAAUGUCACCUUGCACUGCUCGGCCCCCUCGCGGCCGUCUGCGGACAUUGCAUGGAGUCUGGCAGACCCCACAGAGGCCGCAGUGCCUGCGGGGCCUCGCCUCCUGCUGCCGUCGGUGGGGCCAGGCCACGCCGGCGCUUACGCCUGCAUAGCUGCGAACCCCCGCACCGGCCGCCGCAGGCGUUCGGUGCUCAACCUCACUGUGGCGGAUCUGCCCCCCGGGGCCCCACAAUGCUCAGUGGAAGGGGGUCCCGCGGACCGGAGCCUCCGCUUUCGCUGCUCCUGGCCCGGUGGGGUCCCUGCCGCCUCUCUGCAGUUCCAGGGUCUCCCCGAAGGCGUCCGUUCAGAGCCGGUGCCAUCUGCACUCCUGGUGGCUGUCCCGGCCCGCCCGGAGCUCAGUGGCGUCGCAGUCACCUGUUUGGCCCGCCACCUGGUGGCGACACGCACCUGCACGAUCAUCCCGGAAGCCCCCCAGGAAGUGCUGCUCCAGCCAGUAGUGGAGGAGACAGAACCAGGGGAUGUGGUGGUAACACUGGAGGUCACUGGCUGUCCCCCACCCUCAAGAGCAUCCUGGGCCCGGGAAGGAAGGCCCUUGGCUUCAGGAGGUGGGAGUCGACUGCGGCUUAGUGAGGAUGGCCGGAAGCUCCUCAUCAGCAACUUCAACCUGGAUUGGGACCUGGGGAACUACUCUGUGCUAUGCAGCAGCGCACUGGGCGCUGGAGGCAACCAGAUCACCCUUGCUGGGCCCUCCAUUUCCUCGUGGAGGCUGCAGAGAGCCCAAGAAGCCGCAGUGCUGACCUGGGAUGUGGAGCGAGGCACCCUGCUCACUGGUUUUCACAUCCAGGCAUGGACAGAUGGCUCUGACCUGGAUAGAGUCACCAUGAGCAGGGACUGGGUCUCCCUGCUCGUUCUGGGCCCUCAGGAAAGGUCAGCCAUCGUACCACUCCCUCCUCGGAACCCUGGGACCUGGACCUUUCGCAUCUUGCCCAUCUUGGGGUCUCUGCCAGGGACCCCAUCUCAAAGCCGGGUCUACCAAGCGGAUUCUGCCCUGAGUCCCGGAGCCAUCGCGGGCAUCGUCCUGGGCUCUCUGUUGGGCUUGGCGCUGCUGGCUGGCCUUCUGCUCCUGUGUAUCUGCUGCCUGAGGCAUUUCCCAGGAAAAAAGGUGCAGAAUUUGACCCCAGUGCGGACCCCACGGCCACUGCCCAUCAAAAGCCAGCUGCAGAGCCCUCGCCCAGUCAAGGCCCAACAAGUCAUCAGCCCCAGUCCAGCUUAUUGUCCAGGUGGCAGCCCAUGGACUGUUCGGGCAGCCACCCAGGUAUGACAAAAGCUGGUGGCCCACUCUCCAUGAAGUGUUUUGGGGUACAGUUUCCUGCUUUGUCCCAGAAGCAUGGGGCCUACUACGACUGAGGAUUGGACUCUAAGGGUGGGACAUCCUGUCCCCCUCUUGUCUCAGAAGACUCAACCUGUCCUUUUGCAUCUAAGAACAUCAAUGUGACUCUGGGGAUAGGAGAGCCACCUACAGAAGGGCGAAUGGCGGUUGGCAGAAACUCAGAACCUCUGACAUAUAGGGCCUGCUGUUUAGCUCCAAGCUGGAAGGGGAGCCUCCCCACAGCUUCUGCUCCCUUCUUCUGCCUCCUCCAGGCCACACCCCUUCAGCUUUCAGAGACUCCCAUCAUCCAACACAUGAGAUCUUACACCAUCCCAUUCCCCACUUCCUCCCCCAUCUCUUGAUUUCCUUUUUUGCUUUGUUUUGUGACUCAGAGUCUCAUGGAGCCCAGGCUGGCAUCAGACUUGUUAGAUAGCCCAGACUGGCCCUGAACUCAUGAUUCUCCUGCCCCAGUCCCCCAAGUGCUGGGACUGCAGGCAUGGGCCACCACACACACCUUUCUUUCUUUCUACUGUUUUUUGUUUUUUGUUUUUGAGAAAGGAUCUCAUAACGUAGACCUGGUUGGCCUCACACUCCCCAGUCUUCCUGCUUCAGUUUCCUGGGUGCUGAGAUGGCAGCCAUGCACUAUCAUGACUUCUCUCUAUCCUUUCUCUCUAAAUUCCUCUCCGGCUGUACAUAGUGUUUAGACAUCAUUCAGUCUCUGCAUUCUAACCUCUGAGGCCUGUGGUUUGGCCUCUGUCAACUCCUGUGACUUCUCCUCCCAAGGCUACUCCUCCGUAGGCCUUCUGCCAACUGCACUUCCCCCAGCCUCCAGCUCUUUGUCCCUGGAGUUCUCUCUGCCUGGACACUUCUCUUUCCCAUGUCAUUGAUUUAUCAAGGCUUGAAGUAGCCAUUAGCACUCAGAAAGACACCCCUCCCCUGCCUUGAAUGUGAGUGAAGUUCCACGUCCCCAGCUUCCCUCCGGUCCUGUAAGUGUGCAAUGACAGAUGUCAGGAAGCUUCCCUCUCUGAACUGAAAGCUCAGUGAGGCACACACCACACUAUUAUCCCAGCAGAAACAGAGCCUGGCACACAGCAGGCAAGCAAUAAAUACUGUGGACUGAUGAAAUAUUCCGGUGCCCAUGAAGAGCUGCUGCUGUUGCUACUAUCCUUGGCAAGACAUGUCUUCCUUUUUCAACAAGAGUUCUCACGGGAAAUUUAGAGUUGCAGCAGUGAGGAAUCUUAGGCUGCAAGCAGCAACACACAGAGCCAGGUACCACAGUCCAAGGUAAUGCAAACACUUGGGAGCUUGAGGUAGGAAGAGCACAUGCUCAAGGCCAGUGUUUCAGAGGGAGACCUUGUCUCAAAACACCAAGGACUUGGGAUGUGGUUCCAUACUAGAGCAGCUGCCUAGAAUCCCUCAGUGACAGAUGAGAAUGUGGCUCCGUGGUAGAGCUCCUGUCUAGAAUCUCCCAGUAAGGAUUAAAUACUGGGUUCAGUCCCUAAUACUAUAUAUAUACAAAGGGGGAGAAAAAUCAAGAUUUUGUAUUUUUUUUUAAUCACUGCCAACAGAAAGCAUGAUACAAAUUAGCUUAUACAAACACAGGCUUUACUGCUUGUGUGUGGGUGAGUGGGCUUCAGGUAGGGUUUGAUCCAGCUGCUCUACCCUUUCCUCACUGCUACCCCCCAUAACACUCCCCCUCCACAUAAUAAAGCUACACUGCAUGCUCAGGCUAUGAGACUGAGCCCCCUUGACCAGCAGAAGAGCCUCCCUUCCUAGAGACAAUAUGCCUCCUUGUUAGCAUCAUUGGGUCA